CACGCCCACUCACUUCUACCUGCGCUGGACCAGGAAGUGGACGUUGUGUUUUUGUUCGCGUUCAACUUAAAAUCAAUGAGACACAAAACUGCUGAAUGAUGUUUGAAGGUGGAUGAAGGUGUUCUCUGUUUGAUCUGCAGGUUUUUUUGUGUGGAGCCGCGUGUCUGUUCGUCAUGUCCCUGUCACACCUGCUGCUCGCCGUCCUGCUCCUGCAGGUGGCAGACGCGGCUCAGAACAGGUCAGAGGUCACCGCCGAUGGCCCCACCGGCCGGGACGUGGUGGUGAAGGAGGGAUCGGACUCGCUCAUCGAGUGCAACGUGACCGGGAGGAUUCAUGGCGGCGUAAAGUGGUACGACUCCAAGGGAGCUCUGCUGGGCGAGGGCGACGCAGGUGGGAAGUGGCAGAUUCAGGACAAUGGCGUCCUCAACAUUAGCAGCGUCUCCUUCGACGAUCGAGGCCGCUACACGUGCGUGGCCUCCAUCGGCGCCGGCGAGACCCAGAACUACACGGUCACGCUGCGCGUCGCGUACACGGAGAGCGGCCUGGGCCUGUACUACGUCAUCGUGUGCCUGGUGGCCUUCACCAUCACCAUGAUCCUGAACGUGGCGCGGCUCUGCAUGGUCAGCAGCCACCUCAAGAAAACCGAGAAAGCCAUCAACGAGCUGUUCCGCAGCGAGGGCGCCGAGAAGCUGCAGAAGGCCUUCGAGGUCGCCAAGCGCAUUCCGAUCAUCACGUCGGCCAAGACGCUGGAGCUCGCCAAGGUCACGCAGUUCAAGACCAUGGAGUUCGCCCGCCACAUCGAGGAGCUGGCACGGAGCGUCCCGCUGCCGCCGCUCAUCCUCAACUGCAGAACGGGGGCGGAGGAGAUCGGCGCGGAGACUACGGCUAACUUUGGGUCCGACCCCGCAUCGUCCGGCGGGGCGGCGAUGUGUCGGAGCCAGCAACAAGCCAUUGGCCCGCCCCGCUCGGACCCAAUCACAGAGGAGGAGGAGGAGGAGGAGCAGGAAGUCUGCCAGGCGCUGCUGUCCAGUGAGAGGCGAGGAAACGAUGGAGGCGGCGACGUCAAAGUGUCCAUCCACACCAUUUCAGAGAAGGAGGCGGAGUCUGAAACAAAGUGAACAACGAGCAGAGGAAGGAAAAUCUGAUUUAUGAUGAAGACGCCUUGAAUGUGGAAAACAAAAUACGCAAGUUUGUAUGAACCCAAUGUAUGGAAGGCAAAUAGUGACUCGUUUGGAGUGAAGUGAGUCAUUUAAAAGUCUGUAUUUGCAGGUUAAUCAUAAUCUGAAAGUCUCUCAAAACACGUGUGAUGUAUUUGUGUUGACAAACUUGAAGUUCAUAGAUUAAAUAAAGUAAAAACAUGACCUUU